AUGGGACUUGAAGCAGUCUUUCUUAUUAAUGUAUGUAUUUAUAUACCGACUUAUCAAGACAUUCUCAAUUUUCUGCUAAUUAAUAAAAAAAGUCAAAUUGCUGUGAAAAGUCUUCGAGUUAACCCAUGGUUUUCAUCAUCUUCUGACAUUGAAAAAUUCCAUUACCACUUUUCGGAAAAUGUUGAGACUUUGAAUUGCAACAGUCUUCCUGUUGAUACUAAAAUAGCUACAUCAAAGAAAAUCAAAAUUCUUCGAAACUUCAGGUUUUCACUUGAUUCAAUUAAAACUGCAAAACAAUUUGGACUUGAUUUCUUUUUUGAUAAAUUUGUGAAUUUUGAUAUAUUACGAGACGAUUCCUAUUAUAUAAAUAAUAUACUUGACUCACAACACGCCCGUUUUUCUUUGUCAUGUUCGCCAUCUUUCUUCAUCAAAUAUUUAAGAGCGUUUGACAAAGAAGUGAGACGAUUUCCAAAUCUUCAUUUUCCCACAAAAGUUGUAAUAACAAUCAGUCGGAAAAACAACGAACCUAUCCAUUUGUCACACGUCGGUGACUAUGAUAUGCUUAGUAUAAUUAAUAGAGCUGCUCUUGAUUUUCAUAGUGAAUUUAUUAUAGUGUGGAGUAAUUGCCAAUCAGAUGGAGGUAAUGCACAUACACUCGAUGUAUUAAGCGAAUGCAAACAUUAUACCAAUGACUCUAUUACGGAUUCAAACGUGACUACUAUGUUACCACUUAGUGUUUCAAAAGGAGUUCAAUUCAAGUUUACAGUAAAUGAAUUGCAUUAUAUAAAAAAAGCAUUUGAAACUGUUUAUUUAAGUGCUGCUCAAACUGUAUUAUUUGAAAUCAAUGGAAUCAAAUUUAUAAAUUUAAAUUGGUGUGAUGUUAAAAUAAAGUUAAAUAAACUUGAAAUACAAGGAACGGAACGAUC